AUGACUCUGGAGUCCAUGAUGGCUUGCUGCCUGAGCGAGGAGGCGAAGGAGUCGAAACGAAUCAAUGCAGAAAUUGACAAACAGCUCCGCCGCGACAAGCGGGACUCCAGGAGGGAGCUGAAGCUGCUGCUGCUCGGUACGGGAGAAAGCGGUAAAAGCACCUUUAUCAAGCAGAUGAGGAUCAUCCAUGGAGCUGGCUACUCAGACGAAGACAAGAGGGGCUUCAUUCGGCUUGUUUACCAAAACAUCUUCACCUCCAUGCAGGCUAUGAUCCGUGCCACUGAGAACCUCAAGAUCCCCUACAAAUAUGAACAGAACCGGGCCAACGCCAUGCUCGUGAAGGAAGUGGAUAUUGAGAAGAUCAAUGGGUUUGAUCAGCACUAUGUCGUAGCGAUUAAAAGCCUGUGGGCUGAUCCAGGGAUCCAGGAAGCCUACGACCGUCGCAGAGAGUACCAACUCUCUGAUUCCACUAAAUAUUAUCUAAGUGAUAUAGACCGUGUGACUGCGGAGGGAUAUGUUCCCACCCAGCAGGAUGUGCUGAGGGUCCGUGUUCCCACCACGGGUAUAAUAGAAUACCCUUUUGACCUGGAGAACGUCAUCUUCAGGAUGGUGGAUGUCGGGGGUCAGAGGUCAGAGCGGAGGAAGUGGAUUCACUGCUUUGAGAAUGUCACCUCCAUUAUGUUUCUUGUGGCUUUGAGUGAGUACGACCAGGUCCUGGUGGAGUCUGACAAUGAGAACCGCAUGGAAGAGAGUAAGGCUCUGUUCAGGACAAUCAUCACCUACCCCUGGUUCCAAAACUCUUCAGUCAUCCUCUUCCUUAACAAGAAGGAUCUACUAGAGGAGAAGAUUGCUUAUUCGCACUUGGUUGACUACUUCCCUGAAUUUGACGGUCCCCAGAGAGAUGCUCAGGCAGCGCGAGAAUUCAUCCUCAAAAUGUUUGUGGACUUGAACCCAGACAGCGACAAGAUCAUCUACUCCCACUUCACCUGUGCCACGGACACUGAGAAUAUCCGCUUUGUGUUUGCGGCCGUCAAAGACACCAUCCUACAGCUCAACCUGAAAGAGUAUAACCUUGUGUGAAAGAGGGAUGCGACUGUGCUUACAACCCUGCCCCCACCCCCCCAUCCAUUGCACAAACACGCCCCACUUUCAGGGAUGUCCCGUCAACGUAACACGCAUCGCACAGCGCAGCACUCUAGCUCUCACACACUCGAGCAGAACUGUUGCUUUUGAAUCUUUCUUUCCAGUGCAGUGAGUUUCCAGGUCCUCCCACCGUCAGUCAUACCCCUGCUUUCACCAAAGCCGCUCCCUCCUUUUCUCGGCAGCUUGUUGCAUCAGUCUUCGACCUUUUAAAAAGCUGCUCCGUGUGUCAAGCUGCACACAGUUUUUCUUUGUUUUUUUAAGACGGCUAAACUGCGACCGGAAGGGAUUUUCAUCGGCAUUUGUAUAUCUACGUGCACUCAACGCAGUUUUUAUCGGCAAUGAAUUUUGGUCUAAACCGAAGAUUAAUCUUAAACCCCCUCCCGCCGCCUGCAGAGUUGGCCCCUCCCUCCUUUUCCGGCAAUGUGGAAGAAACUAACUCAUUCAGCUGGUGACAUCUUCUAUAAACAAACACAGAAAAGAUGCUCCAGAGCGACGGAAUCAGGAUGCGAGGUCACACACCUGAACAAGGGGCGGACACCAUCAACUUGCAUCUAUGAAUGUACCCCCAGGUGUGAGCUUCACAACUGCAAAAAAAAAAAAAAAUCUGAAAAAAAGACGUAUAUUAUAAAUUUGCAACAUAUUUAUGGGGUUUCAACAACAAGCAAGGGGGUCCGAGAAAAUCUGUUUCUGAGAUUUUUUUUUUUAACAGAUUUUUACAGAUUUGGAACAAAAUAUAUAUUGCAACACUAAAAUUACUGAAUCAUUAAAGCUGAAAAUUUAUAAAAAAUUAGCAAAAUUUAAACAAAAUGACAAAAAAAAGCUAAUGUAAAUUUAUUUGAAAUUUAAGUAUCCUUGGGAUAAAGUUUUUUUUGUUUUUUUUAGUUAAAGUUAAUCACACGCUUCCCUCCUCCAAAAAUGUAUUCUGUAUGAAUUUACAGGGACAACCUUCCACAUGACGCAGCACUCCGAACAUCUGUCGCCACUGACGCAGAUGAUGUGAAACUGCUCUCUAAGUACAUGACACUAGAAAGCAGCAGGGUAAAGGACCCCACGUUGGAAAGUUUGCACACUCAUUUGUGGAGCUCGGCUUCGAGCAGCUAAAUCGGCGACAUAAAGGCUGGAAACUCUACAUGUCCGACGACAUCACGCUUCCCGACGUGACGCAGUCAUCGACAUCAGGAUGUGCUUCUUACGUUUCCUUUUUUUGACGUUGGGUUUUGUUGAGCGAUGUACAAAGGGGAAAGGGAGGAGGAUGCGCCUUUCACAGAAAAUACUCUAAAAGUCUGCAAAUGUUUUUUGUGUAUACCUGUAAAUACAUAUACACAAAACUCUCUGUAUAAAACAAGUGCUCUGUGGUACACCUUUGGUUUUUGAAAAGAAAAAAAGGAGAAAAAAAGACUUUCUUUAGCAUACAGUUUUCUUCUAUGAAUUUAUGGUAGUAUUGAAACUGUGAUUAUGAAUUUUGUUCACUAGAUUAAUAGGAUUUCAAAGAGCCGCACGAUGUCGAGGAAACGAAGCGGGUGGUCGGGGAAAAAGGCUAGCCUCUGAACGCCACACUACUGCAACAGCUCUGUUCAGAAUAAAGCUAACUAGAGCUGGUUCAACAACAACAAAAUCUUGACGGUCUAGGUGAAAGGAUGAUUUUGAGAUUAAUUAAAGAUUUUUUUUUUUAUUUAUAUAAUUUAUGGACCAGGAUGAAGGUGUUGAUAAUUUGACUGCUUGUGUUUGUCAUGUUGAAGGGCUCCUUUCUCUCAUGGCAGAACCUACUUGAGUCUGAACUGCUGUUAAGAAAAAGAAAAAAAAAAAAAAAAAAAAACCCGAAUGUCUGGUAUAGUAAGUACUUUAUCUCUGCUUUCUAUUUCUUAUAGACAUUUCCAGAUGUACUUCCCAUUACAUUUCCAUCCAUUAUGAUACUUUUUUCUUACUUUAGGGAUCCUUCACAUUUUUUUUUUUCAAAUCUUUUUUUAAAGAAUUAUUUUCUGUUGGGUUAUAGAUGCAGCGCUGUAAUACAUACCUAGAGAAAUGUACAGUACAAAAUAGGUGGACUUUUUUUUUUUAUCAGUGAUUGAAGACCUCUGAGGUUCAUGCUUGCUAUUUGUAACUUAACAAAAGAUGAAACUUUUUUUUUUUUGCUAUACUUUCCAAUUUUUGGAGGCUUGCUUUGAAUAGUGCCAGUGAAGUGCAGAUAUACAUUUUCCUUUGGUCUUGUACAUGACCUUUUCUACAUGUGAUUUACCCUUCAUCCUCAUUAAGGGCUAUAUCACAGUGCAUCCGACAGCGGGGAGUGGAGUAAAGGACCACAGUGAACCAAGUCAUCCACUAUUACUACUACUACUACUACUACAUGUUUAGAAAGAGAUUAUUUGCUGUCUGUGCUAUUAAGAAGUAAAGGCAGAGUGUUAACACAAAUGUAAGGUGCGUGUAUGUGUGUGAGUAGAGGGUUUUUACCAAAACUUAAGAUGCUUUUAAGUAAUUUUUUUUUUCCUGAUUUCCUCACCACAUUUUGUUUGUAUCGCAGUGUUGCUUGUAAUCCAUCAUAAAGGUGACGAGACGCUUAUCAGUACAAACACUACUACCAGAGCAAGUAUUGCAUGACUUCCCCCAAGUAUUAGAGAUGCAGCUAGUCGGCCAGGAGCUGUCCAGACCAUACUGGUCUCUUUGCAUAUUUUAACCUGUGUCUAUUUCUGCUUUCAUGGCAGCUAAAGGAGGUGGAGUUGCGGUAUUAAUAAUAUGCGCCUGAUUUAUUUUGUUUUAGUAAAAUGUUGCAGUUUACCAACUUGUUGAAUUUGAGGACACUAAUUAGGGGUAAAAGUCCCCAACCCCUGUUACUGCUUUAUGAAAAAAAUGAACCAUUUUCAUUACAUUCAAGCAAAUAUGUGACUAAUUCCAGUCACAAGGGUAGUGUAGAAAUAAUGAAUUGAGGCUCUGUUUAAAUAUAAGCAGUGGAGAACUAUUAAGAUCUUUAUUUAGUAUUUAAAGCACGAUAAGUUGGUCCCAGGGACCUGAGCUAGUCACGUAAUGAACGGUGUAGUUUUUCCUGUAAAAUGGAAGACGUCAUGUCUCUGUAGUGUAUACCAUUAAUUCUGGAAGCUUGUUUCACCUUUUCUGCUUCCUGUCACUGCAUUUUUAUCAGCUAGCUGAUUUUACAAAUGGCCAACUUCCACACUGAAGAGUUGUUUGCAGCGCAACUUUGUAACGCUUGGGGCAUUAGUAAAAAAAAAAAAAAAAAGGUUUUCUGAG